AAAAUUAAUCACCACACAAAAUCUCUAGAAAUAUAUUUUGUUAUAGUUUUUUUAUUUGGCAAAAUAGGAGGAAUGCACAAUUACAUCAUAUCUCUAAGUUUUGAUUGGAAAAUUUGAUAAAUGGUGCUUACAUUAGGCCAAAAAAAAAAAUUAACUAAAACGACGUCGUUUUGAACUUUGAACAAAGUUUGUCUUUCUUGAGCUGAGAGAGACAGAAAAGUCCACGAAAGGCUUUCCAGUAAGGCCACAACCAUCAGAUCCUCUCUCGUUGCGUCCGUACUCCAGAAAUUGAUCAGUAAUGGCAGCCUCUCCUUCUCCUUCGUCUUCGUCUGCUCCAUCAACUUCAUCGUCAAAAGGAUGGUUGAGCAACAUCUCCUCCAUAGCCUCACGCAUCUACUUCUUCUUAAUCAUACUUCAAAUCCCCCUUUUCAGGAUUCCAUGCAGAUCUGGGAUGUGUACAACACCAUUGCAUGUAACAUCUUCCCAGUUGAUUGCAAGUGAGAUCUUUCCAAUUCCAGUGGUGAAGGCCCUUCUUUACCCUGGAGCUGUUGUAAAUGGAGUCGUCACAAGCAUGACUGUUCCAAGCUGGGAUAACUUGUUAAGCAUCUAUAACUUGACCAGUGCAAAGGAAUCUCCUGCAGUUGCUGAUCUCCAACGAUUGGAGGUUCUUGCUGGAAGCUACUUUUCUGUGGCUGGAGCCUUUGUGUGCCUUCUGAAACCAGGAAGGAUGACCAUGUUUGGGACACUUCUAAUAAUCUGGGGCCUUGUCAAGGAAGGGAUACUUGGAAAGCCUGCAAACACGGAUCCCACUAAAGCAGUGUAUGUUUACCCGACAAUGGUGCUUGCUCUUAUCUGUGCGUUCUCGUCUGUGAAGUAUGAUAUCAAGAAGGCUGCUAGAAGUGCCCCUGCUAGACCAGUUGCGAAGCCUCUCCGGAGCUCUACAAAAUCUAAACUGAAAUAAGUUUCUUGUUAGAAGUUCUUAUUGUUUAUGAACAUAAACUAUUUGCUGUUUUAACUUAGCAAUUAUUAUUUUCAUUGGUAACAUUAUUGUUUCUGAAAAUAUAUCCAUUUUAAACUUAGUACGUGAAUUCAGAAAGUUGAGAUCAAUAUUUGCUGAGGAUAUCUUGUUGAUGCUUUAUUAAAA